ACCCAGUCUCGACACUCGAUCCACAGGGAUCACGACGGGAUGGACAACAUCUACCACCAGGACAACGUCCGGCCGACGAUCGCUGAUCUGGACCCGAUGACCCAGUUCAUCCGCAGCAUCUACAACCUGAGUCUAAUCGUCAUCGGAGUGACGGUGGCCGCCUGGCUGCUGCUCCUGCUGACCAAUGUCCACCCGCACCGGUACCUGCCGUUCCCCACCUACGUCCUGGGCAUCAUCAUAUUCGUGGCAAUGGUGACCAUGCACUGCCUCCCCAGACUGUCCUACUACUCGCCCAGCAAGUGGAUAAUGACGAGCCUGGUGGUGCUGUGCACCAUCGUCGCCGGCUGCUGCAUAAUUGACGAGCUCAGCAUGCUGACCAUCAGCCUGGUGAUGAUUGGGGUGGCCCUGAUCAUCCUGGUGCUAAACUUCUCGGGGGCCAAGUGCCCGCAGGAGUUCCUGCCCGGCGGCGUCUGCUCCACGCUGCUGAUGAUGGCCCUGCUGCUGGUCCUGAUCGCCGUGGGAAUCGCCCAGCUCUGCACCGGGAACGUGGAGUUGCUGGACGCCUUCGUCAGCAUCCUGUUCGUAAUGCUGAUCGUCGCGAUCCCCAUCCAGGCGCAGUUCAACCACGGCCGCCUGGACGUCGUCGAGGUAAUUCCCAGGGAGCACCUUAUGGUCUGCACCCUGACCUUGUACCUGCACUCCAUGAUGUUCUUCUGCUGCGUAUGCUACUUCAUCCUGGUGGACGAGAGAAAGGCCUCCACCGCGACAACGCUGGAUCCCAGGAAUGGGAUGACCGUCGAAAAUGACUUCGAUUGAGAAAUCCUUCUGUGUUAAU